AUGGCAUAUGAUGUGGGAGAGUACAUCUUGCUGCGCCCAGCUUUCGUUGCCCGCGACGCAAAGACCUUUGAUCCUGAUGACGAUGAGGUCGUCGAGGAGCUCGAGGAAGGCCAAGAAGUUCGCGCGGUGGAAAUCGUGGAGCUGAAGGAAGAGAAACGAGUGCGAGCUCGUCUCCAUCAGCCGGACGGCUGGGUGACCUUUGCCAACACUGCGACGGGCGUCCGAAGAGUCGUGGCCAAGGAGGAGUGGCUGGAGACCCGCACGGCCGAGUCCUGGGCUUCUGGCGAUGUCGGUGGCGAGGAUGAGGAGGAGUCAGACUCUGCCUCCGAGUCAGAGCGGUCAGAAGAGGAUAGCAGGCAAGCACGGCGAGUAGUUCACCGAAAUUCGGGAGACAUGAUCCCUUCUUUCGCAGAUGUGGGGACGGUGCACACGGACGGCGAUCUCCUCAGUCGCUCCAACCAAGGAGAGCUGGCACCCACACCAAAGUUCAAGCAGCUCUAUCCUGACGGCCGGCAGGACUCGAGGAAGACACAGUCGGAAGCUGACGAGCAAACCGAUGAUGAAGAUCCCUUCGAAGAUGAGCCGGAGUAA